CGGAAGUAGUCACCGAAGUCGGAAGUUGACCCCCGCAGCCAGUGGUCGCUGAAAGCAAUGGCGGGGGAUCCGACACCUGAGCUUCUUUUUUUGGACACAUUCAAACACCAAAGCGCAGAGUUUACCAAUGUGGAUGUGGUGCGCUUUCCCUGCGUUGUGAUUAUCACAGAGGUCCGUGUUAUUCCUCCUGGAAUCAAAGCACAUAGCAACUUACCUGACAGCAGAGCAUGCGGAGAGACAUCCCCACAUGCCUUCCAGCUGGAGCUGUUCUUCAAUAAUGUCCCCAAACCUAACAGCCCCACUUUUAACAGACUUGGCAGUCUGGAAUAUGACGAGAAUAAGUCGAUUGUCUUCAGACCCAGUGGAAAGAUUAACACAGAUGGCCUGGUGCUGCGUGGCUGGUACACCACUCUGACCUUGGCUAUUUACGGCACAGCGGAGCGUUCACACGGACACGAACAAAGCUCACCUCCACCGCCACCUCCCCCACCCCUUCAACAACCGUGUGGGCCCAAGAGACUUGUUAAACAAGAGUGGGAAAAAGAUGACCAAUACAAUGGGAGCCCACCGAGACCAGCACCCCGAGGACCUCGCACUCCACCUGGGCCCCCGCCCCCUGACGAUGACGACGAGGAGCAAGUCCAAGUGCCAGGAGUGAGCUUGAGCAUGGUCAAAGAUGAACCACGCGAAGGCCGUGAGGACUACCUGGAGGCCGUGUCACCUGAAAGGUCACUGGCUGCCGAUGAAGCAUAUUCUGAUGCUGAGCAAGAGGAGGGUGAGGACGAAGAGGAGGAGCAAGAGGAGGAAGAUGACGUUCGAACAGAGGGGAGCGCUCCAGAAGAUGAGGAAGAAGAGGAAGAUGAGGGUGAGGACGAGGAGAUGGAGGAAGGUGAUGAUGGCUAUGAACAGAUUUCUAGUGACGAGGAUGAUCUGGAUAAUGGCAACUUUAAACUACCUUCCUUUGACAUGGACUACACACCAGAGGACCUUGCAUCUGUUCCACCAGUCCAGUUUGACCCAUAUGAACGAGAACUCCGACCGCUGGUCUACUUUACACCCCCGUACAAAACACUCUUUGAUACCCAGCUGGAGAAACCCGUUGCAGAGGAGCCCAAAGACCCCAGUACCUCAGAGGAAGUAGGAAGUGGAGAAGAUACCGAUUGUGUUGCACAGCUGAAAGAGCUGCUAGGAAGCAUUGGAGAAGAAAGAGAUGUCCGCUGGGUCACCGCUCUGGAAGAAGCAUCAGGACUACUUGCCAAAGGCUUAACAUGCCUUGUUAAACGGAGCGAAGUGGAAGAGCAUGUCAGUGUUUUAGCCCAGUGGACUCUCCAAGCAUUAAGUAUGGAGAUUGCCCUCACACAACCAAUUGCCGUGAAUCUCAGACAACUAAAAGCAGGCGCCAAGUUGGCGUCGUACCUAGCAGAGUGUCCUCAGGGCCUGAAGGCCCUGCUCCAUGAUGGGGCUUUGGACGUGCUGUUGGAACUCCUCCAUAGGGACCAUGUCUCCUCUACAUUGAAACUUAGUCUUCUCAGGGCACUUGAUGCUUUGAUUAGUUCUCCUGUUGGUGUAGAGGCUUUCCUCAGUGCUGGAGAGUCAGAGAAGACUGGCUAUCAGCGUUUAGUGCAACUGUUCCUCCGAGAUGAAACAGUGAGAGUCAUUACUGCUGGCAACGCUAUUCUUCAGAAAAGCCACAUGUUUGAGAUACUGCUUGAUCUACGGCGUACAGCAGCAGCGUGGAGUGAACCUCAGCAGGAUGAGAUUGAAGAUGCUGAAACCCCCAUGGAGGAGGAGCCAGCCUUAAGCUCCUCCGCUGUGAGCGAAGCAGAGCUUGAUCGGUUGGUAGGUUCUCUGGAGGAGUUGUAUCAGCUGCUAGAGACCGCCCCUCACUGCAUGGUGCAGCCCCCGGGGAAAGCUUUUCCAACUUCUGUGAGAAUAACAGGACCACAGGAAAGAGAUGAUCCAUACCCAACACUCUAUAGGUACCUGCAUGCAUGCCAUUUUCUGGAGAGCACAUCAGUGGUGCUUUCUGCAGCAGCGGCGGCCGGACACUUGGGCGUCACGCAAGCCGUGAGAGAGCUCCUUCGUUUUCUGUCACUUACUCAGUCGGGUUUGCUCUUCCUUCUCGCCCAACCCACUCCCACCAACUUGCUGUUGCGCCUUCUCGCAUCCGUGGCGGAAAAUGACAGCGAAGAGACUGCCUUCACUGGAGGAGAGGGAGUACUCAAUGGCCCCGGGUUUGGUGAAGAGGGCUUCGGCGUGUGGAUCAUGCAGGCCCUGCAUGCUCUCCAGGGGGUUUCAGAACUCUUGAACCAUGUGACUUCAGGGGGAGAAGGACGAGUGUGUUUGGAUGAAGGUGACAACCCAGAGGUCUUAGCUAUGCUCCAUUCACUUUAUCUGAUGACCUUCACCGCGACGGGUCGCAGUGCUGUAGCACACGUUUUAAGUUUGGACAAUAACCUGUCCUGUCUGGUCACGCUGCUUCAGCACUACAGCAAGGAAGGACAAAGUGAAGCCAAGACUCGCAAAGCUGUGACGUAUAACUAUGCAUGUAUGUUGGUCUUGCUGGUGGUGCAAAGCUCAAAUGAACUUCGGAUGAUGGAACAAUAUGCUGCGCCACUGCUCUCUAUUGCCAAAGUCGACGACACCAAUGCGAAGUUACAGGAGCUGAGCAAAUGGCUGGAGCCUUUGGAAAAAUUGCGCUUUGAAAUCGGAAGCAUCUCGCCACUUCUCGACUAUGUCAAACAGAAUGUGGAAAACGUGUUGACUCCUGAGGGAACUGGGUUGGUCACUGCUCUCAGAGUGAUCUGCUACAUUGCCUGCCCCCUGCCUCCUGUUGGAGGUCAGCAAAGGGACCUGAAGUGGAGUCUUGCCUGUGUUCAGCUGUUCUCCGGCGAGGGCUUGGAUACAUGCGUACGCGUCUUGCAGAAGUUAUGCAGUGUUCUUUUGCAGCCGUGGCGCUUGCAUGGAAACAUGGGCCCAACGCCUCAGCGCUGUAUGAUCUUCCAUGUGAGCAUUAGCACGCUGCGGUUGUUGCGCACCAUGCUAACGGAGCUGCUCCGCGGAGGCACUUUCCAGUUCAGGGACACUCGCGUGGCCAACAUUUUGGUCAUGCUCCACAUGAUAGUUUGUUCCAUCCCUGCAUCGGGACGACUUGAUGGGGAAGAAUCCAGAGUACAGGCUCUUAUUGUUGAUGUAUUGCUCACUUUUACACACGGUGUCAACGAAGAGGUGACACAUACAGAGGAAACUCUGGCCAGUAACACGUGGUCACUGAUGCUAAAAGAGGUUUUAGUAUCAUUACUCAAGGCCCCUGAAGGGCUCUUUUCUGGUCUUACGCUAUUGUCUGAGCUCCUGCCGCUGCCCCUUCCAAUGCAAAGCACUCAGGUGUUGGCAGUACAAGACGUCGCAGUGGCCUUAAACACAAGGAAAUUGUGGAGCAUGCAUAUACGAGCACAGUGGAAAGUGUUUUCCGAGGCUUUGCGGUGUGUUUGCGCCACCAGCUGCCCUCCACUCUUGGCCAUUCUCAGGAGAGUUUGUCUUCAACUGGCUGACCUGUCUUCACCCACUGCAACACUCAUCAUGAAGACCUUACUAGAGUUGCUCAUGGAGGAACUACAACCGGUGGAAGGCAAAGGAACAUGCUGGGCCCAAGUCUUGCGACUGCUUUCUUUGACUGAUGCGCUGGUAUCACAAAGAGCUUGUAAAUGUGCUAUGCUGCACCUGCUGUCUGGGUCGGUGUCUGGAGAAGAACAGUUGGCAGAACUCUUCCCCUUGCUGUUGCCACUCCUGGUACCGACAGCCAACUCCUUGUUACAGCAACAGCAAUGCAGCGAACUCAUGGGAACAAUAAUACAGUCACUGUGUGACCAGGACAUUUCACUGGUAUUAUCUCAAGGGGGUGAAAGCUGCAUGUCAGAGGUAGAACAGCUGGCCAACGCGCUUCCCAGCCGAGAAAUGAUGUCAUCCAUUUGCAACUCUUUGAUGGAGGUUUUGGGGUAUAGGGACAGCAGUGCCCCUCUCCUUCUCACCUGUAUUAGGACUCUAACAUUCCUCACAGAGCACGACUAUGGACUUUACCACCUCAAAGUAGCUCUGAAGAAACACAGUGCAAGUUUAUUCUCACUUCUGAAGAGAUUGUCAUUUCCCUUCAACAAGGAUUCUGCAGACCUCCUGUCCCCUUUGUUGGAUUUUCUUCGACAGAUUAUGAACGCAGAACCAGUGUGUCAUGAGGAGGGUCAGGUUUCUGUCGAGGAGUCAUCCUUUGUUUCUCCUCAACGGUUGCUCAGUGCAUCUGAGAUAAAGACUCUCUUGCAAUGGGAAAAGUCUGACUCUCAUCCUCUUUCAACAUUUGAGAAACAAAUCAAGAAACUCUGUAAGGAGGAUGAUACACUGGAGACCCUGUUAGAGAGCGUAACUGUCUUGCGACAAACGGUGGACACUGCUGCAGAUGAGCCUCCUGCAGUUGACGUUGAACCCACUCUUCCAGCUCCUGAGACUCUUGCAAUUCAGUUUAACCACAGGACCGUUUUUAUUCUUUCCGAAGCUCUUGAUGAGCAAAUCAAGGCUCUUUGGUUUUCUCCUUUCCAAACUGAUGAUAUAGAGACUGAACUGGACAUGGUGAAGGUAGAUUUGGUGGGUUUGGCCCAGGAAUGUUGUCCAGAACUGGACCUGAAGUCAGAACUGGAGCGCUCCUUCCUGUCGGAGCCCUCCUCGCCUGGUCACGCCAAGGCUCAAAAAGGCUUCAGACUAGGGAGACACAAGCACGAGACCUUCAUUACAUCCAGUGGUAAAUCCGACUACGUGGAACCUGCGAAGAGAGCACACAUUAUGGCAGCUCCGCGUGGUAGGGGAGGUCGAGGGGGCUUAGGACAGAAUUUCUGCAGACCCCAUGACAUCUUCCGUCAGCGCAAACAGAACACUUCCCGUCCUCCCAGUAUGCAUGUGGAUGACUUUGUGGCAGCUGAGUUCAAAGACAUUACCACACCCAUUGGACUUUUGCCUCCUAAACGACCUCUGAAGAGUUCCCCCAAGCUCCCCACAAGAGGACUUUUCACAGGCAACAGAGGAAGAGCCACCUUCCAUAAUCAGACUCGCUUUUUCACUCCACCACAGCCUAAAAGUGUAUUACUCUCUGGUAACUACCCUCGCAGGGAAGGAGGUCGAGGUUCAUCAUGGAGCGCACAAGUCCCAGCAGUCACUCACAGAGGAACCUACAGUGAACCUCGGGGAGGCCAGAGCAACUUCACACGAGGACCGCUGCCCUCACGACAACUUCCUGCCAAUGCAUAUCGCCUGGCUCCGCGUGAUCGUGUGCCACGAGGCCGUGGUGGCACCGGGCUGUCGUGGCUCAGCGGAGGAGGGGGAGGAGGCGGAAACGUGGGCGGUGGAGGCGGCGGUGGUGGAGGGAGAGGCUCCCAAGUGAGCAAGUUUAGCGGCGGGGGAGGGAGCGGAGGCGGGAGGGGACGACACGUCCGCUCCUUCACCAGGUAAAUUCACCUGGCGGUUGACUGAUAGCCUACCACGGCUCCAAAUGGACCAAUUGAGUUGUUUUAUCUCCAUGGAAAUGUGUCUGUGGGUAUCUUGUUGCUUUUGUGUUGUUUUGUUAUUAUGCCUUUUUAACUAGAGGAUAAAGUUCUUCAUAAGUGGGUUUGUGUUUCUAUUUAUUCAUUUAUGCUUGUCGAGCGCUAUGCCAAAGAGCCUGAGAGAACACAUGACAUAAACAGAAGACUACAAAUGAAUAACUUUGGAAUUACUAAUCGUUAUGAAGAAAUUUACAACAUAUGGUAUCUGUAUAAUGUACUUCUUAGUUUUGUAAUUACCAGUACAUACUUAAGAAGUGACUUUCGGUGUUAUCUAUAUUAAAAUAUGACAUUCAUUUUGGAAGUUUCUUCCUAUAAAGCUUGAUGUAUAAAAGUGCAAG